UAUUCAUAUUCAGAUUUCAACUGAACGGCUUGCUUUAGGCAACUGAACUCGCGGAUCGUGGCCUGCGCGUCUCGAAAAGCACGUGUGUGUAUAUUGGCAACAUUGCGAUUUGUCGGAAGACUUUUUGUUGCUCCUGCUGAUUUUUUCCUUUUUGGAUUUGUUGUUUCUUUGCGUGUUUCUUGACUGUUUGCCAGAUUAAGAAAACCGUGAGAUAUUCGAGAAACAUUGAAAUCAACGGAUAUUGUCUACCGGUUACCGGUUAUGUUGCGGAACGAAGUCUUUGUUGUCAUCAAAGAUUCCCAUCAAAAGUGGACUAAUUAAUUCGAUUCAGUUAGUGAAGAGACGGUAUAUAUAAUAAGCAUUCAGAUCGUUGGAUUUGACCUUGUUAAUUUAAGAAUUUGCCUAUAACCAAAGAUGGCUGUAACUAUCUAUCCGAACAUUAAUCUUGACUGCUCGACUUUAGGUGAGGCUAAUGGUCUCUUGGACUCCCAUCAUCAUGAUAUUGCUGUAAUCAACGGUUCACACUCCUCAUCUAGUGGAAGGAGCACACCGAAUGGUCAAAAUGGAAGCAGUGAUCCCGCCCCAGGCAAGUUGUUUGUUGGUGGGCUCAGCUGGCAAACUUCAAGCGAGAAGCUUAAGGAGUAUUUUGGAAUGUUUGGCAACGUCACGGAUGUACUUAUAAUGAAAGAUCCGGUCACUCAGAGAAGCCGCGGUUUUGGUUUUAUUACAUUCUCAGAGCCAGCCAGCGUUGACAAAGUACUUAAAGUCCCAAUUCAUACACUCGACGGCAAGAAAAUCGAUCCGAAACAUGCGACACCAAAAAACAGACCUAAACAACCGAACAAAACAAAGAAAAUAUUCGUAGGAGGCGUAAGCCAAGAUACGUCAGCAGAUGAAGUAAAAGCUUACUUUAGCCAAUUUGGGAAAGUUGAAGAGGCUGUAAUGUUAAUGGAUCAGCAAACUAAAAGGCACAGAGGAUUCGGUUUUGUUACGUUCGAGAACGAAGACGUUGUGGAUAGAGUGUGUGAAAUUCACUUCCAUACAAUUAAAAAUAAAAAGGUGGAAUGUAAAAAAGCUCAACCAAAAGAAGCGGUUCAAGCCAGUGCUCAACUUCUUGGAAAAAGACUAAUGCUUAGUGGACUUGGUGUCCGAUUACCUGCUCCAGUAGGAGGCGCUGUUGCUGCUGUAAAUCCGUUAGCAGCUGUUCAACCUCUUGCUCAUGUUCAAGCUGCUGCUGCCGCAGCGGCAGCUGCUCAAGCACAGAAUGCUGCUGUAGCCGGAUACGGAAAGCUUUUAUAUCCUCAUCUAGCUGGUUACAGAUAUUCUCCAUACCCAAUACACACCGUAAACGCUGGAGCAGCUGCUGCUGCAGCCGCGGCCGCAGCUGGAGCAGCCGCAGGGGCCACCCCAGCAAAUUUAGGUGCUGCUCCAGGUAACACGCCAGCACACCAAGCCGCCACUACUGCGGCACAACAGGUAACGGCCAGCCCCUAUCAAGGAUACAACUUGACAAAUGUUGAUAUGUCAAGUUUCCAAGGGGUCGAUUGGGGUGCCAUGUACGGUGUAGGAAUAAAUGGAAGCUUUUUUUAAAUGACAGGUAAAAGACAAGCCAUAUGAACAAGCAGGUUGUGUUCUACUGUAUAGUGUUCCUAUACGAUUACGUUACGGCUAAGUAUAACUUAAAUUUCUGUAAGAUUAAUGUCGAUAGUGAGAACUCUUGUCGAAUUGAGGCUCUUUUGGUAAUUGUUUCAAAAAAAAAAAAAACAAUGAAAAUUACAGAACACAAUUAAACCAGCAUGCAGGAAGCCAUAAAAAUAAUUAUUAUAUUUUUUAUUUAAAAACAUAUCAAUUUAAAGGUUCUUGCCUAUGGGCUAAACUAUAUUAAAGCAAUAUUUAAUUAAGAAAAAUGAGCUUCAAACAAUUAAUUGUAAUUCACGUUUAACUGGAUUAAUACAAAGAAACAAUUACAUAUAACAUUAUAUUACGUCUUAAUAUUCUCAAGGAUUCUCGCUAUUUAAUUUGAUUGUCAUUUGGCGGCAGACUGUGCCUACUUGUAGUAUUUUAAUGUAACUUUAAGUAUUCGAGGUUGUCUAUUAACCUUCUAAGUCUUGAAUUUAAGCAAAAAAAAACGAGGAAUCUCACUUGCUAAAAUGCUAUGAGCAGUUGAUUGAACAACAAAAAACUGCCGCCUGGAUCUGCUCAUUUAGCAUAAAGCAAUAACUCGCAAUAAUCAGUAUUAUUUCAAUGCUACUAUUUUCCGAUUGGGCCAAGUCUAAUUUGUGUUGGUCGUUUUUAUAUUAAUUUUCUGUUAUAAAACCACUUAACCUGACAUGUAAACCUUACGGUCUUUGAAAUUAAAUUUAACAUUACCAAAACAGCUAAGCUUUAAUAGCUAAAAAAUUAAAAUGGCUCAUCUGACCGUGUAUAUAAACAUAUUCCAUUUUGGCAAUAAUAUAAUACACGGUUCAGAACAAGGUUGUGUGUCAAGUACUUAACUGAAAUAAGUACUUACAACAUUCUUUUUGAAUUUUAGUGUUUGACUGAAACGUGGCAGUAUCUUUAAUGGUUAACUUACUACUUAAUGAUAUUAAACUUAAAUUAUUUUUGUUAUUAGAUCUCAUCGAUUCGCUUAGUUGUAUAAGUUUUCAACUUUUCAUUUUAAUUAAGUAUUUUUUGCCCUAGACUAUAAGAAACUGUAUGUAAGGUAUUUUAAUAUCUACUUAUUAUAUACAUUAAUAUUAGUGAAUAUCUGGAAACAAUUACUUUAAUCUUAAGACAUAUACAAGUAUCUACUUAAUGUUUGUAUAUUAUACAAUACUUGUUCAGCUGUGAGAAAGACCCAACUUUUAGAUUUAGGAGUUAAGUGUUAUAUUACAUUUAAUCGGAAAAAAUCAGUAAAUGUGUCAAUAAGGGGUGUGUUUCUACAUUUCGUUAGGAGAGAUUAGCUCUCUUUCGGUUCUCUUAACGUUAUACACCCUGUAUUGAAACAGUAAUAUUCAGUAUUAAAUUAAGAUACUAUUGAUAUUUGUUAAAAUUACUUAUGUACAUACUAUUCGAAUCUACUUAAAUUUUAAUAAGCAUGCUAAAGAUACAACGACAUGAUUUUAUAUUCAAUCGAUGGCGUGACGCUCGUAUAAUUUUUUUAUCACCUCGAACAUAUUGGGUGGUGUAAGGGUCAAUUUUCUUUCAUAUUCAGGUCAUAGUGAUGCUAUUUUUAGCAUUGCACUGGGGGUGAUAUAUAUAUGCUUAGGAUAUCACGCGUUUCUUUUUUAAUUUAAUCGUCUCUAUCCAAUUAUAUAAAUGUUUCAAACUACACUUUUGAACAGUUUCAUUUUUGCAACUUCAAAUUAUAAUUGCCAUGAAGCUUAGAAUAUCCGCUAUACGUACGAGUUAAUUGUUGCUCUGUGAUCAAAUAAAAAAUUAGGUUAACACGUUGACUACCGCCAUUGGCAUUGAGGGAGCAAAUAUUUCAUAUUCGCUUUACUCAUCAUAGUGGCAUCAAUAUUUUUCAGCCGUUGUACAUCUUUAAUUUGUUUUUUUUUUUUUAAAUUCCUCCGAAAAUAUAUCCUACAAGAAAAUAAUAUUAUGGUUAUUAAUUUUUUUACUCGAAUAAAAUUUAAACAAUAUGCUUGAAAAAAACACUCGUAUUAUUUUUGAAAUACAAUUUUAAUCCCUACAUAUGCAAAGAAUAUAUAUUGGCCAUUUUUAGAAUUCGGGUUCCAUAAUUUAUAAUAUAUUUAACAGAAUGCACGAUAAGAUUAACUUCAAAAUGACUGUCAAAAAUGCAUUUGUUCAGUAAUUUUUAUGCAAAAAGACCUUGCAAUAGGUAUGAAAUGUAGCUAUUUCAUAUCUAUUACAAUUUACUGUACCAUCAUUUUUAUUAAUGGCGUCAAAACUUUUUCGAAGUUUAUUCGAUCAAAUCUUGACUCGAUUACAAUAAAACACGUGGUUCGCCAUAACCAUGUUCUUUUUUUAUUUUUUAACAUCCUAAGCCAAAUUGAGAAGGUUUUAGAAUAAUAAUGUCAUAUCAGCCGAACACCUAUAUCACGAAAAUUUAAGAUAAAAUAUAUAAAACAUUUUAUUAGACCACUCAAUAGUUUUUGAAAAAAAAAUAUAACUAUGUUGGACAAAAGUAGGUAGACACGACCCUAGAUAUACAGCAAUUUGAUUCCAAAAUUAAACCCCAUAAGUGACUAAUAUAUGGUAAAACAUCUAUUAUUAUCUAUAAGAGAUUGAUAUCUAUGAUCGAGAUUGAGUGGCAUUGAUUUAAUUAAUUUCUAUUAUUAUUUGCAAGGAUUUUUCCUCGAGUAUCCCCAAGAAAGCGAAUAACUUAAGUAUGAAUAAUUUUUGUAUUUUUAUGAAUGAUUAUUCUUAAACUUUGCCCUCUAGUUUCCUACUACAAGUUUUGGAUCGGAUUUAAGUCAGGGAAAAAGAUAAGAGAAGAAAGCCUUUACAACAGUUUCACCAGGUUUGAUCAAUAUUGUCCUGUUAAAACUUAAAAGUUGAUGGUAAAUUAUUAUUAUGAGUAAAGGUUUUUCGGCUGUGGUCGACGUGCAAAAAGUUUGUCUAAAACUUUCUUGCUUUAGUGCUUAAUUCGUUUCAUUUCAUCGAGAAGACUUCACCUAUGAAUGGAUUAUCGUUAUUUGAAUAUAACCCCUAAACUUAAUUUUUUUGAACGGCAGAUUUGGUUUUUGGUUCCAUCGAUCCACCUUUUUCGCAUCAACUCUAUUUAUGCAAAAAUAUGUAGUAUUUUUGAACCAAAUUUUAUUUAAAAAUAAAUAAAAUUUGAAAAAAUAUUAAAGAAAGAAUUGUUGGUCGAUCAUCAAGGUGGAUCUAUCAUUAUGUUGAACACUUUCAUUUAUGCAUACAGAAAAUAAGUUCUAGGUGUUCGUCGUGUGAACUGCUGUUUGGUUUGGUCUUUCUUUAGAAUGCAAAUUGUGGUAUAAAGACGAGUUCAUCCUUGAUGUUUCAAGAAAAAAAUUGAAUAUGAUCUUUUUUGUACUUCAAACAAAUCAAAUUAGUAAGCUAUUACUUUAAAAAAUAUCUUACAAGGAUAAAACUAGAAUAGAAUAUCAAACGUAAUAAGGUUUUAACGUUAUUACUAUUUUACUAACACGAGACAUCUUUCUAGUUGCAGUUGGACAAUUACCAAAAGCUUGCCAGAUUAUAACUUCUCUUGGGAAUGUGUACAUAUAACAGCAAUUGUAUUUUUUUUGUUACUCUAUGAAAAGUGUCGUUACUUUUAAAAUGAUGACAAUAAAACGUCGGUGACUUAUUGCUUUAAAUAAAAUAUGUAAUCUUUGACGUCUUAGAAAAAUAUUCUUAGCUAUUGACUUUCCGUAAUUUUGGUGCCAGGCAAUUAAAUCUAUAAUUUCUUUGAAAUAAUUAGAUUUUAGAAUUAUUGAAUAGAAGGGAAAAUACAAGAUCUAUGUCUUAUUGCAUCCACAUUUACGUUACAAAAUAUUACCCAUAUUCCACAUAGUAGCCAAUAGUCAACGUGUUAAUCUAUUUUUUUAUAUCUAGCCCUAUAUCAAAGAUCUCUAAAACCGCAUAAUUAUAAUGUAGCAUCUUCGUGAAUCUUCGCCUAAGCCAAAAAUAAUGCUUUUUUGCUUACCUACUCCUUACUUAAGCACAUUUGUUAUUUUGGAAGAUUAAAAUAUCGAAAGUUUUGUAAGUGGAUUUAAACAAUGACUAUUCCUGGUUUUGGCAGACGAAUCACAAUACAAAGAUUUUUGUCUGUAUAUUAUUAUAAAAUUUGAUGGUAUAUUAAAUAUGGAAACAUUGCGAUAAAAGACCACAGUGCUUAGCGGUUUACUUAAGUCUUUCCUUUUUAUUUUAAAGAUAAAAUUGUGACGAAAUUGUGAUGGCUUGUAAAAGCAUUAGAUGUUCUCCUGAACGAAUUAGAUUCUCAAUAUAGACUAUAACUGACAAAUGACACUGUACAUUAAAAAUAUCAAAGCAGCAAUGUGCAUUCCAAAAAAGACAUUAUUGGUUUAGUGUAUUAGUGCGUUAGGUUUUUUGUAAAUAAGGCGUUCAGUACUGAAUAAAAGUAGUUAAUGCUUGUUAGAAUGCUAGUAGUAAAAUUUAUUUACAAGUGCAAAAGAUAGUCAAAUGUAGGUAAAGUUACGUUUACUAUCUUUUGCGACUGUAUCUCGGACUAUGGAUUAUUCGUACCCUUAGAUCCUUAAUAAUAAUUUUAGUCGCAAACUUUAGUAACUUCACCAAUGGCGGUAUCCAAAGCGACUUCAAAAAAUGUAUUAUAUUUUAUUUGUUAUACUAUUGAACUUAUUCCGUAUGUUAAUAAUACCAUUGGUAAAGUAUAAAUUAAGCCUUGUGAUAGUUAUUAGGCAUUCAAGUUUUUACCUCUUCCAAGGCAGCAAAAAUAUUAAAACUGGAUAUUAUUUGGUCGUAUAACUGUAAUCUUUUACUUUUGCUGGUCAUAUUGAGUGUAAGUACAUUAUUAGUUUUUAUAUUUUUGCUUUUUUGUAUUACAUAUUGUCUCUUAUCGAAAAAACGUACGCUUCAACCAUAAUAAGGUCACUGUGCCAAAUAUUUAUCAUAGUCUUAGAAUUUUCAUUGCGCAAGUCUGUUGACUGCUUGAUAAGAAACAAUCUGUAUGACAUAAUAAUUUAUGCCUUUUACUACUUACUGUAUGCUGUAUACAUUUUUGAAAAGCAAUAACGAAUGUGAAAGCAUAACCCUCUAUUUUUGUAUUGAGUAACGUUUUAGAAGGUAAAAUUUAAAUGUACAUAUAUACUUAAUAGUUUCCUGAAUUAGAGGGUCGGGAAAUAUAAUUUGAAACAAAAACAUAGUUUUUUAAUUAUCCUUAUAGCGGUAGACUUAAUUAGGGCAUGUGACGACAUCCGUGGCUGUUUAGUGAAUGAGUUUCGACUAACAAAAACGCUAUAUUAAAUUAGUCACACGGCUAUAAGAUCGCAUGUGGUAAGUGUUUUUGUACUUGUAGAUUUUAAAAUAAAUUUGUUAGUUUUGAUUACUAUUGAGCUCUUAAAGUCUUAUGCUACUUUGUAUUAUACUGUGAAAUGAAGACUAAUGUGAAUAAACAUUACACUUUUUAUACUAAAUGCAUAACUUUUUAUUUAAAUAAAUAUACUAAUACGAUUUAAUAACCCUUUUAAACCCAUUAAUGGUAGUUGCAUUAAAAUUUUAGGAUAGGGAAAUGGAAUACAUAAAGAAUACGUACAUUACAAUACGAGUAAAUUAACUUUUUAAAUAGUUUUGGUAUAUCCAACUACAAACAUACAUUAUUAAAUCCAGUAAUAUUGAAAUUUCCAACACUUUUAUUUUAUUGGCAAUCUACUAACUCAUACAUUAAGCAGCAUUCGGAUCAUAAGGUUUGUUUAACACAUUUAAGCAGUUUUGCCCACCAAGCUAUUAACCAAUAAUUGUUAUUUAGAUUAGAUUAAUUGUUUAGAUGUUUGGCGUAAUAUUAAUAUCUUAAAUAUUAAUUAUAACUGUAGGUUUACAGGUACCAUGUAAGUUUUCAGAGCUACUAGUUACUAGCGUAGUGUGUAUUUUCAUGUGUAGCGUAGGGCGGUCUUAAUUGUCGCAAAAUGCACUUGUAGUUGAGCAGUUUCAAAUAAAGUAGUUUCAUAAAGUA